AUGAGUGGAAAACAGCAGCCUAAAAUUUUACUCAAAUCACGACCAAUUGAUGAAGCAGUAGCUGGCUUCUCAACAAUUGCUUCGAGACGAACGCCUACUAUUUUAGCUAGUACAACACCCCAAAACGUUGCUACGUCUAAAGGUGCAGAUGUGAGGUAUGCGGCUGCUUCGCGGCCAAUUCCAACAUCAACUCCUCCGGACCCGUACAGCUUUACUCAAAUGAAUGGAUCCUUUGUGCUGCUAAAAAACCACAAUGCUAUUAACUAUCGUACAUUGGAUUUCCUCCAUGAAAUCAACCAGGAUUACAUAGUUGUCGGAACGAUUGGAAUGCCCGGUGUUGGCAAAUCAACGGUGUUAAAUCUGCUGAAUCUUAAUCUAUACUCUUCGGAUCAAGUUGAUGACAAAACGGAAAACAUUUUUCCCGUACACAAUGCAGUCAACAUUUCAGGAGAAAACGAAGUAAGAAUGCACAUCACCAGCGAUCGAUUGAUUCUUCUUGAUUGUACCGAGCCUAUAUUUGGGCAUACGAGAAGAGAUUUUAUACAGUACGAACAAGACGAACUUAGGAAAUUGAUCACUCUUGUAAGGAUCUGCCAUGUGAUCUUGGUUGUGCAGGAAGAGUACUACAACAUUCGUUUGAUGCGAUCGCUCAUGUGGGCGGAAAUGAUGACACAGAUGCACUCUAAGCUUCCAACGAAACUUGUAUUCAUCCGGAACAAAGUAAGCCUGUGCGAUUUAAAUCCUGACCCGCGGGACAGAAUUAUUAAUCUGUACAAACAAAUGUUUCGGAGCACAUUAGUUUUUUCUGUCAUGAGCCUAGAUUUUAACGGCGAUACUAAUGCUCAAGAGGAAACAUUCAAUUACAUUGAAUUUCCAGUGCUUGGAAAAGGUGACUCUAUAAAAAUGACCGAGCAUUUGAAGGAAGCAAUUCUUUCAUUGAGGAAAAUGGUAUACGCUGGGCGGGAAGCUAUCAUGGCGAGUAAUUGCACAGAAAAAGUCUGGGGACAAUCACUGGUCAAGUUGGUUGAUUGUCCUGAAAGCAACUUUUUCCUUGACAAAUAUGAAAAAUUGAAGGAUAAAUACAAUCUACAUAAUCACGUGAAAAUUGUAGAACAUUCCUAUCGUGAUUCGACCGGGCUUCAUUUUAUUGAAUAA